AUGUCUGAUCCACCUGAACUGUCUCCUCUGGAUAUGGAGGAGCAGCGGUUCUACUCCGAGUCUCCUGGAGAACUGAUCUCUGAGGGACAGUCCAGCUACCCUGCAGAGAGGACUCAUUUAGACCUCCUGGGUCCAGGAUCUGGUUCCUUCAGUCUAUUCAGAGUUCCUGACCACAGUAUAUUUGGCUCUGGUGGCUUAGUGGUCAGCACCUUCUCCUGGGGCAGCUGGUUCGAGUUCCAGUUGUGUUUGGAAGCUCACGGUCCAUAUAUCCAGAUCAUCGAAGAGCCCAAACAGAGGGGUUUCCGUUUCCGUUAUGAGUGCGAGGGUCCCUCACACGGUGGACUCCCGGGGGCCUCCAGUGAGAAGAACCGGAGAACCUACCCAACCGUGAAGGUUAAUAACUAUGUGGGCCACGCCCAGGUGGAGGUGCAGCUGGUGACCCACACCGACCCGGCCCGAGUCCAUGCACACAGCCUGGUGGGACGCCACUGCAAUGAGAACGGCACCUGUACAAUGGACAUUGGCCCCAAUGACCUCACCGCCUCGUUCAGUAACCUGGGAAUCCUCCAUGUGACCAAGAAAGGUGUCGCUGAGGUUCUGACCAGAAGGUUGAGAGACGAGCGAAAGAGACAGAGAGGAACCCAGUAUCACCUGUCAGACACUGAAGAAAUGUCCAUUCUGAAGGAGGCCAAGGAGCUGGGGAAGACCAUGGACCUGAACAUCGUCCGGCUCAGGUUCACUGCAUACCUGCAGGACAGCAACGGCGGCUUCACCAGAGCCCUGAAACCAGUCGUGUCCAACCCCAUCUACGACAGCAAGUCACCCAAUGCCUCCAACCUGAAGAUCUCCCGCAUGGACAAGACCUGUGGCUCGGUUCUUGGAGGAGAUGAGAUUUUCCUGCUCUGUGACAAAGUUCAGAAAGAUGACAUCGAGAUUCGUUUCUAUGAGGAGGACGACGAGGGAGGCUGGGAGGCGUACGGGGACUUCUCACCCACCGAUGUUCACAAACAGUACGCCAUCGUGUUCAAAACACCAGCCUAUCACAGCACCGAGAUCGAGCGACCCGUCACCGUGUUCUUGCAGCUCAGGAGGAAGAAGGCUGGUGACAGCAGCGACCCGAAACAGUUCACCUACAUUCCUCAGGUUCAAGACAAAGAGGAGGUGCUGAGGAAGAAGCAGAAGCUGCUGCCUCACUACGAGUCCUGGAGAGGAGCAGGAGGAAGAGGAGGAGGAGCUGGGGGAUUUGGAGGAGCUGCUGGAGGAGGAGGAGGAGCUGGAGGUUUCCAGUUCCACCAACAGAUGAACGGAGGUACAGGAGGUGGAGGCGGAGCCUUUUAUGCAGGAAGCUACACAGGUUUUACUUCAGCGGGAGGAUCUCAGAUGUCAGGCUCCGCCCCUCAGACAGGUGUCGCCCAGCAGAGGAGUGGACAAACAAGCUUGCCACUGCAGCAGCAGCUGCUUCAGCUCGCUGCGACACUCGGCAGCCAUGUGUCUCAGAGCGCCCGACAGACUGCCGCCGCCCUGCUGCAGUACUGCAGCACUGGAGACGCCCGUGUCCUCCUUGCCCUGCAGAGACAUCUGUGUGGAAUCCAGGAUGCCAACGGAGACACGCCCUUACACCUGGCCAUCAUCCACCUGCAGAGCACCGUCAUCCAGCAGCUGGUCCAGACUCUGCUGAGCAGCCAGCAGCACCGAGUCCUCAACACGGCCAACCACCUACAACAGACACCCCUUCACCUGGCUGUGAUCACGCGGCAGCCGAAAGUGGCCGAGCUGUUGUUAAGGGCGGGGGCCGACCCCAGCCUGGUGGACAAAGAUGGCCGCAGCCCCGUCCACUUAGCAACAUUGAGCGGAGACACUGAGAUGCUCCGCCUCCUGCUGACCCACCUGGGAGAAUGCCACGCCCAUCUGGUCAACACACCAGACUACCACGGUCUUCAGCCGCUCCACCUGGCUGUAAGGAGGGACGGCGAGCGCUGCCUCCGCCUGCUUGUGGAGGGCGGAGCCAAAAUAAACGCACCAGAGCAAAAGAGUGGACACACAGCACUUCACCUGGCUGUCAAGGAAAACCUGUUCAAGGUGGCCUGCACGCUCAUCACUGAGCUAAAGGCCGACGUUAAUGCCUGCACCUUUGGAGGAAACACACCACUACACCUGGCUUCCAGUCUGGGCUCACCAACUUUCUGUGCCAUGCUCAUCGCUGCAGGAGCUGAUAAGAACAUGGAGAACGACGAGCCGCUCUUCUUCAGCUCCUCCUCUGAUGAAGAGAACGAACCAAUCAGAGACGAGCUCACAGAGCCAGACGCCGCUACACAACCAGUCACAACCCGUAAGAGACCUGCAGGAGGACACACACCUCUGGACCUUGCUACCUGUCUGAAGGUGAAGAAUGUGUUGAACAACCGACAGAGUCCGAAGUCGAGCCGGCGCAGCAGUAAGAAGAUCAAAGUGAGCAGCAGCAGCAGCUUGGAAGCCGACGAACACUCGGCGCUGGAUGAGGACACGUUGUCCCGGCUGGUGGAGGUUCUGAGUGUCAGAGACGUUCCCUGGAUGAAGCUGGCUGAGAAGCUGGGCAUGAUGACGCUAACUCACCUGUACCAGGACAGUCCAACGCCGUGCCAGCACCUGCUGCAGCACUACAAGGUGGGUGGAGGUCCUGUUGAAGUUCUGGUUGAAGCACUUCAGUCUCUAGGUUUGACAGAAGGAGUUACACUGCUGAGGAACACCAAGCUACAAGAGGACAAGCACAACACAGAUGCCAAAGUUGACAGUGGCUUCAGCAGCCAGCCAAUAGAGGAGCAGGAGGAGGAGUCAAUUGUGGCCAAUCAGUGACAAGCAGGAGGCUCACAAAGGUCAUGUGAUCAGCAGACGUCUGAUAGAGGAAUUUUUCUUCAGCGCCAGACUGGUUUUCCUGCAGGAGGAGAACGUGUUGAGCGACUCAUCGCCUUAGAGAUCCGAACAUCAAUGAAUCUGAAGUGGAAACCAAACAAAGAUUUUUAAAAAUGAAAUUUGAAACAUUUAAAAUCUGAACUAAUAUCUAUGGGUUUCACCUAUAGGCUGUAACAUGCGUUACAAAAAAAAAAACAUUUCUUUGUCUUUUCACUUA